AUGGCCGUAGAGCGCCAGAUAGCCACCCUCCCACCCGCACAGCCUACCGCUAUCCUUCGUGGCCAUGCCGCGCACAUUCACAGUACUCUGUUUGUGCGCCAGAAUAGCCGUCUGUUGACAGGCGACGCAGAUGGCUGGGUCGUCUUUUGGAAUGUUCAGACUAAGCGACCACUUGCAGUCUGGCCAGCCCACGAUGGCCCCAUUUUAGGAUUCGCACAAUGGGGAGAAGCAAACAUCAUCACACAUGGCCGAGACAACCGAAUAAGGAUCUGGCGACUGGAGUCAGAUGAUGAGGCAGGGAAGCUCUCAUCGACACUGCCUGAAGACGGGAACCGACAAGUCACUCCAAAACCAUGGCUUCUCCAUUCACUUCCCGUAAACACUCUGAACUUUUGUUCCUUCUCAAUGUGUUAUCAGUAUCCAACGUCGAUCGCGGAAGACGAUUCCAUCUUUGUAGCACUCCCAUCGACGGAUGACAAAGUGAUCGACGUGUACAGCUUCCCUAGUGAGCUACUCAAAGUCAGGGUCCCACGUAUACAGACAGUUGAGACCGGAAUGGUCAUGGCUGUGAAGCUUGUUCGUAGCCAAGCCACGCAGAGAAUUCUACUUCUUGCAGGAUAUGAAGGCGGUGUUACGGCAGCUUUCAUGCUGGCAGAAGAACAUUCCAAUACAGGCAUAGAAACUGCGCAGCUCGUAUACCUUAGCCAGCCCCAUUCCCAGCCCAUUUUGUCAUUGGACGCUUCACCAGACGGCGACCUUUACUACACAUCCUCAGCAGAUGCUGUAAUAGCCAAGCAUCGCAUACCAGAGUUGCCACACAAUCCUGCUGGUGUAGACAACAGCUCGGAUGUGUCCACUUCCAAAUCUACACCAAGUUUGUUCGCGAAGAAAAACAUGAAUCAGGACAAGCCUGGAACCUCGGCACCCAGUGGUCUAUCUUCACUGCUUGCGUCCUCAGCACCACUACCGAAGUUUAGACCAGCUCCGCCAGUUCAACCACUGGUCACUCCACAACCGCCGUGCAGAACAGUGGACACCAAACAUGCAGGUCAGCAAUCUCUUCGUAUCCGCUCUGACGGCAGGCUCUUCGUGACUGGCGGCUGGGACUCCCGGAUUCGUAUAUAUAGCACCAAAACACUCAAGGAAGUGGCAGUGCUCAAGUGGCACAAGGAAGGAGUCUACUCAACUGCUUUCGCAGAGAUUCUUACACCAGAAGAAGCAGGCCAUAGCAGCAAGGCUGUCAACAAGCGGCAGAUGGAGCGCGACGAGCAGACGAGGCUCAAACACUGGGUUGCGGCUGGAGCCAAAGACGGGAAAGUCAGUUUGUGGGAAAUAUUCUGA